AUGGAGACAACCAAGAAAUCUAAAGUCUAUACUGAGAAAGGACUUAUGGAAAAGCUCAAACUUUAUCUUUCAAAGAAACCACUGCCAUCCCCCACAGACCGGAGGAAGUUUGACCAUGACUUUGCCCUUUCCACAUCCUUUCAUGGGGUCCAUAAUAUUGUUCGGAACAGGGGAGUGGUUCGCAAGGGACUAUGGUUGACAGUGGUCCUAGGCUCGGUGUCACUCGUUAUAUGGCAAAUCUACUCUCGCUUUGUCAACUACUUCACGUGGCCAACUACAACGUCUAUGGAAGUUCAGUACGUGGAAAAUAUAGAAUUCCCUGCUGUGACGUUUUGUAAUUUGAACAGGUUCCAAACAGAUGCUGUAGCCAAAUUUAGCAUUAUUUUUUUCUUAUGGAAUCUUGUGUCCAAAGUCCUCCAUCUUCAAGGAAUAAACACGAAUUCUACUGGCUCUAAAGAAAUUAAUGAUUUUCUUGCAAGUCACCAAAACUUCAGCAUUACAGAGUUUGUUAAAAAAAAUGGUUUUUAUCUCAAUAAGAAAACUUUAUUGGAAUGUGAGUUCUUUGGAAAGCCAUGUGGCCCAAAGAAUUUUGCACAUGUCUUCACUGAAUAUGGAAAUUGCUAUACUUUUAAUCAUGGGCAAAAUAUACAAGACCGGGAAAAAGUGAGUUCCUCUGGAAAAGGCUUAAAAUUGGUCUUCAAUGUCAGACAGGAAGAAUUCACUGAUGACCCAGACCUUGGUUUUGUGGAUUCUGGAAUCAUCUUUGUUAUCCAUUCACCUAAAAAGGUGCCACAGUUUGACGGCUUAGGCUUGGCAUCCCCAGUGGGUAUGCAUGCGCGCGUGACCAUCCGUCAGGUGAAGACAGUUCAUCAAGAAUACCCGUGGGGAGAAUGCAAUCCUGACCUCAAACUGCAGAGUUUUAGCACCUACAGCACUUCUGGUUGUUUGAAGGAAUGUAAAGCCCAGCACAUAAAAAAACAUUGUGGAUGUUUACCUUUUCUGCUUCCUGGAAACUGGAUUGAAUGUGACUUACAAAAAUUUUAUAACUGCGUUUCUCCUAUACUUGACUACAUUGAAGUUAAGGGAUUAUGUACAGUGGGAACCCAUAAUUCUAGCUGUCCAGUUCCAUGUGAGGAAACAGAAUACCCAACUACUAUUUCUUAUUCUACUUUUCCAAGUAGGAAAGCUUUGAAAUAUUUUUCCAAAAAGUUGAAUCAAACUCAGGAAUAUACCAGGGAAAAUCUUGUGAAUAUUGAAAUAAACUAUAGUGAUUUAAACUAUAAGAUAACCCACCAACAAAAAGCUGUGAGUGUGUCUGAGUUACUUGCAGAUGUCGGUGGUCAACUUGGCCUAUUUUGUGGGGCCAGUAUGAUAACAAUUAUAGAAAUAAUUGAAUAUAUAUUUACCAAUUUCUACUGGAUAUGCAUUUUAUUCUUGCUGAAAAUUCCAGAAAUAACCCAAGUGCCUUCUCCACCUCAGAAUCAGCUAAAACAUAAGAAAAACAUAGAGGAAUGCUAA